AUGGCUGAAACUAGAGUAAAUGCAAGCAUUACCGAUGUUACAAAUAAUGGAACAAUAUGGAUAUGUGAACACAUGUUCAGGUAUCAAAGGUCAAAAGGAAUUUUCUUUUAUGAUAAUCCAUUUAGUUUCACAUUGCCAGUGCUUUUUCUUCAAACAACCUUAGUUUCUGUCUCUACCACAACUUUACAGCUUAUACUUGAACCAAUUGGGACGAGUAGUUUCUUUCCACAACUGCUGGCAGGCUUGGUACUAGGACCAUCCGUUAUUGGACAAAAUGAGUUCAUAAAAAAAUGGCUAUUCCCACCAAAAACAUUCUACAUAAGUGAGACAAUUGCAUUUUUUGGGAGCAUGAUGUAUAUGUUCUUAAUUGGAGUAAAAAUUGAUAUAAGUAGUGUUACAAGAACAGGGAAAAAAGCUUGGGCAAUUGGAAUAUUUUCAUUUAUUAUACCACUAAUGUUAAGCUUAUUAAUUGCACUUUUUCUAAGAAAAACAUUAUUAACCCCCGACAAAGGUCUCUACGAGUCUAUAUUUUCCAUUGUAUUUAUCUUUUCAACGGGUUCAUUUCACGUCACUACAAUUCUCUUAGCCGAUUUAAAAUUAUUAAGCUCCGAAAUGGGGCGAUUAGCAAUUUCUUCAUCCUUGAUAAGUGGAUUCAUUUCGAUAUUGUGGGUUACGUGUUUGUCAACAUUGAAACAAUCAGAAACAAAGAAAGACAACGGUCCUUUUAAUUGGAUGACAAUGUCUUUCAUCGUUAUGAUUCUCGUCAUCAUAUAUGUUCUACGACCGAUAAUGUUAUGGAUGAUACGAAAAACACCUGAAGGAAAACCGAUCAAAGAAUCGUACAUAUUUUCGGUAUUUUUAAUGGUAUUAAGCUGCGCAUUAUUUGGCGAAUAUAUAGGACAACAUUUUAUGAUUGGGCCUAUUGUUUUUGGUAUGGCUGUACCUGAUGGUCCUCCAUUAGGGUCUGCAUUGACUGAAAAAUUGGAUGCAUUGGUGUCAACAAUUUUUUUGCCAUUGUAUUUUCUUUAUAGUGGUAUUAGAUUUGAUCUUUAUAUAAUUGAUGCUCAAAGCUUUGCAAUUGUGCAAGUUGUUGGUAUAGUUUCAAGCAUUGGGAAGAUUGUAGGAACUUUGUUGCCUUCAAUUUAUUGGAAGAUGCCAUUUACAGAUGUACUAUCUUUAGGACUACUUAUGAGUACUCAAGGCAUCACACAAUUGCUUUACUUGCAGUCUUCUCUACACCUUAAUAUUAUAGAUGAACAGUCAUAUGGCAAUGCAUUGAUAGCUCUACUAUGGUUGACAGGAGCUACAACACCAAUUAUAAAAUUCCUAUAUGAGCCAUCUAAGAGGUACUUGUCUUUAAAUAGAAGAACCAUUGAACAAUCAACUUCAGAUAUUGAAUUACGUCUCAUGGCAUGUAUACACACUCAAGAUGACACAUCAUCCAUAAUCAAUCUUCUUGAAAUGUCAAACCCUUCAUUGGAAAAUCCAAUUUGUUUCUAUGUCUUACAUCUACUUCAACUAAAAGGAAGAUCUGCACCUCUUUUUAUAGAUCAUCAACCAUCAAGCAAAAAGUUGAAUGCACCGCAUUCAAAUCAUUCUCAAAACAUAAUAAAUGCCUUUAGAUCGUAUGAGAAACAAAAAUCAAACAAUGUGGUUGUCAAAGUCUUCACAACGAUCUCGCCUUAUGAGACGAUGCACGAUGAGAUAUGUAUGCAAGUUGAUGAGAAAAGAGUUUGUUUGUUGAUCGUGCCUUUUCAUAGACAAUGGAGACCAACCGGGGUUACAGAAUCGGCUCAGCCUAUUCGAGCCUUAAAUCGUCAUCUUCUCAGAAUGGCACCUUGUUCAGUUGGGAUUCUAAUCGAACGCGGCACUUUGUGUAGGAACAACCCUUUAACAUCUGUCUUGUUUUAUAGUGUUGGAAUAGUUUUUAUAGAAGGAGCCGACGAUCGCGAAGCGUUAGCUUACGCGAUGCGAAUGGCUAAUCAUCCGAAUGUCAGGAUAACCCUAGUUCGAUUAAUGGAACCUCGAAAGAAAAAUAGGAACUUAAUGCAUCGGGAUCCAGAUGGCGAUUUAAUUCAUAGGUUUAAAGUGGAGUGUAUUCAAAUUAAACGACACGAUUAUCGAGAGGAAAUCGUAAGAGAUAGUGUUGAAAUGAUAAAUGUAAUAAGGUCACUUGAUGGUUGUUUUGAUUUGGUUUUGGUUGGUAGAAGACAUGCAACUGAAUCAAAUUUGUUUAGUGGAUUAACUGAAUGGAAUGAGUUUCCAGAACUUGGUCCUAUUGGAGACAUGUUAGUGGCUUCUGAUUCUACUUUUGAUGGUUCAGUUUUGGUGAUUCAACAACAAAAGAGAUCAGGGGUUGGUUAUCAUGAUUUGAGUUUAGAUUCAGGUAUCAAUACAAUGCAAGAAUCAAUAACAAUUGUGGAAGUACCUCGUGAGAGAAAGGUGUGGCCAAUUGCUUAAUAACCAAUUGUAUAUAUUAGGGAUUAGGGAUAAAAAUAAUAGUUUUAGAUUUUAUUUUAAUGUAUAGUUCACUUUCAUUAUUCAUGAUAAACAUUAUGUAAAUACUUAA